AUGUACCACGAAAACGAAGUGGCAAGUCUCCCCUUCAUCUCCGGUGAUCAUGGAUUCUCCGGAGCAGUAGUGUCCGGGAUCGACGAGAAUCCUGCAGCGUGGUUGCUCUCCGGCAGCCUCUUGGCUUGGGAGACGUCGACCAUGGUGUCGGCCUUGGUCCAUGUCGUGUCCAGGGAGUCCACGUCGGCCUCUCCCUCUUCUUCUGCUUCGCCCUCUUCUUCGUCAUCUUGUGUAUCCUCCUCUUACUCUCCCAUGUCCUCCGGCGACGAGGCCGGACAGAAAAGGGCUAGAGAGGAGCUGCUGCCGGGGGUGGGAGUGAAGUAUUACGAAUCUUGUUUUGGGGGUGCCGGAAGCUAUCAAGUUCCGACAGAAGCAACGGAAGGGGACACGUCAGCGGAAAUCGGCGAGAGAAAGUACCGCGGCGUCAGGAGGAGGCCGUGGGGAAAAUGGGCAGCGGAGAUCCGCGACCCGCAUAAGGCCGCCAGAGUGUGGCUGGGCACCUUCGCAACUGCGGAGGACGCGGCGUGGGCCUACGACGCCGCUGCGAUUCGAUUCAAGGGAAGCCGAGCAAAGGUCAACUUCCCCGAGCACGUCCACCUUCACCGGCCUCCCCCGUCCUCUGUUUCCCCAGCGGUUCAAUUCCUUGUUCCUAACUAUGUUCCGUCUACGACGACGACGACGGCAGCGUUGGGUGAUUACUCGAGGUUACUACUACCACUACCAGGAAGUGGAGACUACUACCAAAGCCAAAGGAUUCCAGCAACAAGCCCCUUCGACAGUGUGGACGAUGGUAGCUCUAUUGCUUCGCCUUGGUUACCUGCUUCCUCUGUUUCCUCGCCGGCGUUCGUUGAUCCUCUGUUCCUUGAUGUAGCCCCACUAACGAACAUGAGUGGGGUUUGGAAAUAUUGA